GCGGCCGUUUCCUAAGGGCGAAAGAAGCAGAGGGGAUUCGGUUGCGAUGGCCUCCUCCUCCUCCACCACCUCGCCGGCGGCGCAGGCGCGCGGCGGCCGAAACCCGCUGGAGGAGUGGAGCGGGCGGGUGAGGGCGCUGGAGGCGGGGUUCCGCGCGUGGAUGGCGAAGCAGCCCGUCCACGUCGAGGCGGCGGUGACCACGGCGGUGGGGGCGGUUCAGGGCGGGGCGCUCGGGGGCCUCAUGGGAUCGAUCACCGCCGACGGGGGAGCGCCGUGGGUGCCGCCGCUUCCCCCCAACGCCAACCCGCAGGCCAUGGCGUCUUUCAAGCAGGCCCAGGCUUUAGCUGCUGGCCCGUUGGUGCAAGCGCGGAACUUUGCAGUUAUGAGCGGUACGAACGCAGGCAUAUCAUGUGUCAUGAGAAGGAUACGCGGAGUAGAGGACAUCCAGGGCAGCAUGGCAGCCGCUUUUGGUUCCGGUGUUAUCUUCUCUCUGGUGAGUGGAAUGGGAACUCCUAAUCCGGUCGCAAGCGCCAUCACAUCUGGUGUUGGUUUUGCGGUAUUUCAGGGUGGCUUUUUCAUGAUUGGGCAGAGGUUCUCGAAGCCAGAGGGGGUGAGUGAAACUAACUACUAUGCCAAGACAAGUAGCAUGUUACAAAAUCUGGGUCUCGAGAAAUAUGAGAAGAAUUUCAAGAAGGGUCUCCUUACUGAUCAUACCUUGCCCCUCCUUACUGACAGUGCUUUGAAAGAUGUGAAGAUUCCCCCUGGCCCCAGACUGAUCAUACUUGAUCAAAUUAAAAGGGAUUCUGGGCUGGCGAAAGCACAGUGAAAACUUGCCGCUAUCUGCUGGUGGUUCUUUUUUAGUUUGUUACAGAUAGUAUCAUCCGGAGCUAUGUCCAUCUCUGUCUUGAUGAUAACCUUUCUGGGCACCGCCACUUAAUCUGAAGGCGGAAGCAGUUUUGGUUGUCUAGUUAUUAUUAGAGUGUAAGCGGUUUUGCAACUCAUUAUUUGAUUUCUUGUAAUAAUUUUUUCGUUGAUAAAUGAUUUCUGGUAAUAAUUAGUUGCCUGCAUCUUUGAGUUCCAACCCAGUCAUUCUACUCUGUAACACAAAUAGCAAUGUGUGAUUUGUUGAAUUUUGUAAUAGAUCACAGUUUUUGUGUAAAA